AUGCCUGCAAGUUCGAUUAAUAUUCAUCCCAAUGCAAAAUGGUCACAGAAUGGUAUCACUGUUGCUGGAGGAAAUGGAUGGGGCAGUGAAACCAAUCAACUCAACUCUCCAUGGGGUUUGUACGUCGAUGAUGAUCAAACGAUUUAUGUCGCUGAUUAUUCGAAUCAUCGUAUUGUGGAAUGGAAAUCUGGUGCAACGAAUGGAAAAGUAGUUGCUGGUGGAAAUGGACAAGGAAAUGGGGCUCAUCAAUUAAAUGGCCCACGAGAUGUGAUUAUCGACAAAGAGACCGAUAGUCUCAUCAUCAGUGAUUGGGAGAAUGACAGAGUAGUUCGUUGGCCUCGUCGAAAUGGUACUCGUGGAGAAACAAUUAUUUCAAAUAUCUCUUGCUGCGGUUUGACAAUGGACGACAAUGGUUCUCUCUAUGUCGUUGACAUUGAAAACCAUGAAGUGAGACGAUAUAAAAUUGGUGACACUAAAGGAACAGUGGUUGCAGGUGGCAAUGGAAAAGGAAAUCGUCUCGAUCAACUCUCUAAUCCCCGCUACGUAUUUGUCGAUCGAGACCAUUCAGUUUAUGUGUCUGAUUUUUGGAAUUAUCGUGUAAUAAAAUGGGAAGAAGGUGCAAAACAAGGCAUUGUCGUAGCCGGUGGUCAAGGAGAAGGAAAUAGUCUUACACAAUUGAAUGAACCUCGAGGAGUCGUGGUCGAUCAAUUGGGUACUGUCUAUGUGGCUGAUUCUUGGAAUGAUAGAAUCAUGCGUUGGCCAAAAGGAGCCACACAGGGAAGUGUCAUUGUUGGUGGAAACGGUCAAGGAGCACAGUCGAAUCAACUCGAUCGUCCCAUAGGUUUAUCAUUUGAUCGACAUGGCAAUCUCUAUGUCGUCGAUUGGGGAAAUCAUCGAGUACAAAAAUUUAAUAUCGUAUGA